AUGCGCACGCGCCGCUCGGCCUGCUGGUUACCAUAGUAACCAGAGCCGCUGGCUACGGCGCUGGUGCCUGGAAUUCCGCAGCUUUUGUGCCUGGCGCCCGCGCGAGAGCGGUGGUCACUUGGAGCCCGCCAGCCGCUCUGCAUGAGGAGGGGACACCAGCGGGGGCCUAACAAUAGAGCCCUGGCAUGGCCUCACAGAACAGAAUGGAGGCAGUGACCAAAGAAACAGCGUUCUGGCGCUGCCCCAAGUCGACCGCUUAUACCCCAGAGACCCGAAAGCUGCUCAAAGAGAUGAUGAAGGAAUCCAAACUAACCAGCUUCCAGCAGCGCUACCUCACGGACACUAUGAGAAGAGGAGACCCUUUGCCCCUACAGUGCAAUCCGACAUCCAGCCAGCAAGGCUCACCUUCCAAACAGCUGCCACCAGCCACCCACCUGCCUCCCACCCUGGUAGCCCCGUCUCGCCUCCGGCCUGCCAGCAUGUGCCGAGCCAACGGGGCCUACAGCCGUGAGCAGUUCAAGCCUCGAGCCACCAGAGAUCUGGAAAAGGAGAAGCAAAGACUCCAAACUAUCCUUGCCACUGGGAAGGACCCGGCAGAAUGGAAAAGAAAGGCAGCCCCUGUGCGGCAGCAGGACCCAGCUCCUGAGCCGGACCGCUUUGAAGAACUUGUGAAGGAAGUCCAGGAGAGGAAGGAAUUCCUGGAUGCCAUGGAGGCCCUGGGGCAGGGCAAGAAGUACCAAGGAAUCAUCCUGGCUGAAAUCUCCCAGGUAGGAGGAACCAGGAAAGAGGGGAGGGGCGGGCCCAGAACGCGGAGUCAGAGUGAGGAGAAACCCCAGCCGGCACUGAGAGACUCGGGAGUUGAGCCACAACUCAUCCUGAUGCUCCUCAAGUUCCUAACCCUGAUACCAACUUCCCCUGCUGCCCUUUGCAGAAACUACGGGAAAUGGAAGACAUUGACUGCAGAAGGACUGAGGAACUUAGGGAGGCUCUUGCCACCACUUAGAGACGGCAGGGCAGCUCACACUGGACCGCCGCAGCCCGCCCCUGUGCCAACCAGUGUCAUCCAGGCCAGCCACUCAUGUCAGAUGGCUGCCCAGCAUGGCACUGUCAUAGACUGCAGAUGCUGCUCAGGGAUGCUGGGGACCACUGGUGGGGUCUCAGAGCCACCCAAUGACAGGGCUUCAAGUCUUCUGGGGAAAGAGUCCCAGACACAGCAACAGUUAAGGCCCAAGGCUCACCACCUUGGAAGUGCGUCUGAGGGCAUCUGUGGCUCUCUUCCCACCACCUCCAACUCCCGUGUCCUGCUCAGUUAGUUUCUAGACUUGGGGAUGAAGACGAGCCUUCCCUCCCGUCUGUCUUAGGAUCUACUUAUUUGAUGACUUAAAGCCUUGGGCAAAUAUUUAACAACAGUGAUUAAUUGGCCAAUAAAACACAUUUAACGUGGGUCAUUA